AUGCUCGGUGAUCUAUUCGACCCAGCACUAUACAACACCUCGCUGUUAAUCCAGUCAAUACCAGGGCUGCUCAUAUCUCUUAGUGGCUUGAUCCUCACGGGAUCAGCACUAGCAGGCGCUGCCAACGACAUCCAUCUGACGGAUGUCCCAAUCAUCCUUGAAUCAAACUGCAUUCUGGCAUUCAAGGGAAACAUAGAGCUCAUAUUUGCGAUGUAUCUCUCGUCGAUGAGCCAGUCGCCCCUGUUUGUCUACAAGAAGUACUUCAGAUAUGUCUUUGACAACUCCAACCUGGUUUUGGCACAAUCUGCAAUAAUAGGGUUUAUGAUAGGGCUAAUAGGGAUAGCAGCAAAUAUCUUAUCUGAAGGGCCGGACAUCAAGCUGAGCCUAUCCAUACUGGGAGGCUCGCUUGUGGCAUGCACAUUGACCUCGGUCUUGUUCAUAAUACUGCUCAUAGUAUCCAUAGAGCUGUCCAAGUUUAUGGACAUCAAUCCAGACAACAUCAUCCUUCCAACCAUAUCAUCUCUUGGAGACUACCUGAAUGUGAGGUCCCUGAUAUACUUUACCAAGUGGUUCAGGAAUGCUUCGAUAUCAUCAUGCCUUGCCUGGAUUUUUCUUUCAAUCUCCACAGUACCUUUGUGCUUGUGCUUUGCACUGGCCGGCAAAAAAAGAGUUCCCCUCCAGUCUUCGGAGGUCCUUCUCAUCACCUAUGCAAUUAGUACAACUAGUGGAUAUAUCCUCGAAAGCUUCUCAGACAGGUUUCCAGUCCUUGCACCGUCCUUUCCUGUAUUCAGCGGAAUGUCAGUCUCGAUAGCAUUUAUCUAUUUACAUAGGAUAUUCACAUCAAUCAACAACCAAACAGUUCACAACAGCAGAGAGUCUUACAUAACACUGGUCCUGAUUUCUGUGCUAAUGUCUUUAAUGUAUCUUGCAAUAUCUGCAUUCAUGAAGCUCCAAUACUCAUACGAGUUUUGCAUACUAUUCACAAUGCUUUUUGUGUCCCAGGUUACAAUUCUACUGAGAGGUGUUUCUGUUAUUGUUGAGUACCUAGACAAAAGGGAAGAAGAUACAGGUGUUCUGGCUCUUCCGCUCAUUACGUCUGCCUCCGACUUCCUCAGCACGAUGUUUCUUCUGACUCUAGUGGCCAUUCUAGAUCUGUUUGAUAUAAAGCAUAGUUUUUAA